GGAGAUUUUUGGCAGAUUUUUGGAGACACACUUCUGAUCAACACCAGCCUUUUUCUCUGAGUACCAACCCAUUCCAACAGUGAGACCAAACAAAGAUGCAGGUCUUGGCAGCGUUGUGCUUCCUUGUCUUGGCACACCUGCCCCCCCUGAGGGGGGAGGUAGUUAAAAGCUUCGAGAGCAACGAGCAGUGCCUGGACUUCUUCUACAAGCGCAUGGUGCCCAAGUGGGACGUGGCUAAUCCUAACAGUCCUAACACCGCCUGUUUGUGUCAGCGCUUCAACAACCACUACCACUUCGCCACGCUGUACAACAAGAACCACCGCAUCCCCGUCUACUCCGCCUACCGCUUUCAGACCGGCGACGACAGCGGUCGCGAGGAUUACUGGUAUAUAGAGCCACAGCUUGUGGACAGGAGCUGGAAUGCAGAGAUGGAGGUCGAGGAGGACCUCGCAAUCAACCACACGGGGGACUUCGGUAAGAAUCAGUCUCUCGAUGAGGACUACAAAGGGUCUAUCUAUGACCGGGGGCACCUCAAUCCAAAUGGACACCACUCAGGGGACAGUCGUAGUGCCACGUUUACACUCACCAACGUGGUGCCACAGAACCGCAUGCUGAACCAGGGGGCCUGGAAGGAGUAUGAGACGAAUCUGCAAAAAAACGUGCUCACAAAGUGCUGGCGGGCCUACGUGCUGGUGGGCGCCAUCCCUUCCAAAAACAACUUGAUCAACAAUCGGGUCAACAUCCCCGACUACAUCUGGAACGCCUACUGCUGCCUGGACAACAACGGCCAGCCCAUCCGCAGCGGGGGGGCCAUAGCUCGCAACACUGAGAACAAAGUUGUCAGGCACACUCUCUCAGAGCUGAAAACGCUCCUGAAAGAGUACACUAAAUCAAAAGUGUUGGUGCUCUUUCGCGACAAGUGUGAAGCUUAGAGGAGUAUUGUAUGUUAGAGAAGUGUAGUCAGACACACCCCACAGGGCAUAUUUCACUCUUUAUAUUUUUCUGUGCCAAUUAACAUACAAGAGUCAUUUACUUCCCUGUAAUUCCCAUUGCUCAUAAGCUUAUUAUCUAAUACAUGCACCAAAACUCACCUAUUUGCACUUUAGGCAUUUGGCUGAUGCUUUUACCCAAAGUGACUUAAAGAAAGGAGCACUUAAUAUGGUAAGAACACCCCACUAGAAAAAGGCAACACUGCAAUCUCACAAGUUCUCCCCAUUCAGCUCUUAAAUAAUCAACAUUGUUUAAUUUCAAUGUGGUUAUAGCUACUGUAAUAAUGGAAGUAAAGACAAACUUCCGUGGGUCAAUAACACCAUUUAUUAUGUAGCUAACCAUGCCUGCUUCCACAAGCACACACACACACGCGCGCACGCACACCUGUCCCUGGCUCUCAUAAAUGUCUGCGUGAUUCUGCCAUUCACAAUAAAGGCUUAAUUCUUCAGUAA